CUACAAGAGAAUGGGUGAAACCAAGGAGCCCCAGCAGUCUGUCCAGGUCUUUGGCCGGAAGAAGACCGCUACUGCUGUUGCUUACUGCAAGCGCGGAAAGGGUCUGAUCAAGGUUAAUGGUCGUCCCCUGGAGUUGGUAGAGCCCAGAGCUCUGCAAUACAAGCUGCAGGAACCUAUCCUACUCCUUGGCAAGGACAGGUUUGCUGAUAUUGAUAUCAGAAUCCGUGUCAAGGGAGGUGGUCACACUUCUCAGGUCUACGCUAUCCGUCAGGCUCUUUCCAAGUCCCUGGUAUCCUACUACCAGAAAUACGUUGACGAGCAGUCCAAGCAGGAGAUCAAGGAUAUCCUAAUCCAGUUUGAUAGAUCUCUACUUGUUGCUGAUCCCAGGAGGAACGAGCCCAAGAAGUUCGGAGGUCCCGGAGCCAGAGCCCGUUACCAGAAAUCUUACCGUUAACUUUCUCCGCCGCUGCAGCAUGAAAUUAAUCUUCAUUUUAAAAUCUACAUUUUGAUUAAUUUCAGA